AUGCCGUUCGGCCAGGUGGUGGUGGGCCCCCCCGGGUCAGGCAAGUCCACGUACUGCGCGGCCUUGGCCCGGCACCUGGCAUCCAGCGGGAGGAGUGUUGCGGUGGUGAAUCUGGACCCAGCGAACGACGCCCUGGUGUACGAGGCCGCCCUGGAUGUGUCGGAGCUGGUGGGCCUGGAGGCGGUGCAGGAGGAGACGGGGCUGGGCCCUAACGGGGGCCUCAUCUGGGCGAUGGAGUAUCUGGAAACCAACAUCGACUGGCUCCUGGAUCGGCUAAGACCCCUGACUCAGGCGGGCCACUACAUCAUCCUGGACUGCCCCGGGCAGGUGGAGCUCUUCCAGCUGCACGCCGGCUUCAAGCGCAUCCUGGGCACGCUGGAGCGCCAGCUCAGCAUGCGCCUGGUGGCUGUCCAGCUCAUCGACGCCCACCUGUGCGCCGAUGCGGGCAAGUACAUGGCCGCCCUCCUGCUGGCCCUGUCCACCAUGCUGCACCUGGAGCUCCCCCAGGUCAACGCCUUCUCCAAGUAUGACCUGCUGGACCGGCACGGCGACCUGGCCAUGAGCCAGGAGUUUUACCUGGAGGCCCACGGGCUGGAGCACCUGGUGGAAAGCAUGAGCGUUGGCUUUCCCCCUGCGUUCCAGGAUCUGAGCCGGGGGCUGUGCGAGGUGGUGGAGGACUUUGGUCUCCUUAGCUUCCUCCCCUUGGAAGUGGAGAGUGCAGAGAGCAUGAAGCGCCUGGUCGCCGUGGCAGACAAAGCUAAUGGCUACUACCACAUCCCGCCCACCAUGGCCUGA